AUGAACAUCGCGGCGCUAAACCACCCUUUCCUGCUGUGUCUCAUCAGUAUCCUGUUCGGCGUGGCGUUUGCAAACCCGAAAGGCGGAGGUGGUGGUGGUAGAGGAAGAGGAAGAGGCAGCGGGUCGACCAAGCCUGCUAGACCCAGCAACUUAUACAAUCCACCAAGAAUCAAGAGGCCAAAGAAACGCCCGCCGAUUGUCAUCCACACGGGUUCCGGAGGAACAAAGUCUACCAUUUGCCGGGACCCUGAUACUUUGCUUUUGCAGCAAUCUGCAGGUCACCUGUCCCAAGGACAGCCAAACGGCAAAGAUAAUCGGCAUCGUUCUGGGAAGCUCGGAACUGAUCUUCGGCGCUACCUCCCCGUUCCUAAUACAGUGGCUGGAGUGGUUGUGAUUGGCACAGGAAUAUACAUUGCCUACCUUACAUGGAAGCGGAAACAUGGCAAAGGUACUACAGGCGUCUCAGUCAUGGAAGGGAGUGGAAGAGGAGAGUAUAAACGGACAACUGACCAUUGGAAUCCGACGGUGUAA